AUGUUCAGUACUUCUGUUCGUGCACUCCUCCACUGGACCGGGUUUGAUAGGAAGAAGCUGUCAGAACAAUGGCAAAGCGCAGUGGAAAAUUUCACAAAACCUGGAGGGGCAGCUGAAUCCAAACUCGGCAAAUUAAAGCGCGUUGAUAUUAGGUACCGGGACGGAAAUCCUGUUCAUCAAUCUCACUUCAAUACUGAUGACAAGGAGUGGGUUAUAAGUGCAGAGAUCUCCGGAGUCGAUGGGAGGAAAGUCUGUCAUAUCUAUGAGGAUGGAACUGGCACCACCAAGAAAGGAGAAGAACGGCGCUAG